AUGCUUCAAUUCUAUUUUGGAUUAUAUGGAUUAGCUAUCUUUUUAUGUUUUCUUGGGUUUUUAUAUGCUUUAAUUGAAAAAGCAUAUAAACGGUUAAAAAUUAAUAUAAACAAAUCUCAUUUAUCAAAUUAUUCUGAAAUCAUUUCAUCCAAUUCAAAUCAAAAUAGUACAACUCAUAACAAGAUUUCAAGUAUCAUUGAAAAGGUUGAACCAAACAAUUUAAUGGAUACAGUAAAAAUCAAUGAAAUCUUUGAAAGUUCUUAUAAUCAAGAGAAUAAUGAAAAUCAACUCAAUGAUUCAGAUAUAAGUACACCAACUGAAGAAAUGAAAACAAUAAUAAAUGGAAAAUACAUUGAAAAUAAUCAUGAUCAAAUUCAUGCUAAAUUAGAUAUAUCAAUGAAAUCAUUCUCCGAACGUCGACAAGAACGUCGUAAACGUUAUAAAGCUAAAAAAGGUCAAAGUUCAUCAUUUGGUUGCUUUUCAAUCAAUUCUUCUAUAGAUGAAUAUGAUACUGCAAAUACACUUAUAGAAGAUUCAGAUGAGACAACAAAUGUUAGCAAUUGUUCAAUGUUAUCAGAUAGUAAUGAUUCUCAACCGGAUUAUUUUAUUUUGGAAACACAUAAUAUGUGUGAAUUAAGAAAUUCAAUACAAAUAACUAAUUUGGAUGAUGCUGAAACUGACAAUAUUAAUCAUAAUGAUAUUAAUACAAUGGAUAAAACGGAUUCUUUAGAUGAUUUAUUAGAGAAAAAUAUUCAAUUCUGUGAAGAAACUUGUGAACUAGGCUUAAAAGACUGUUUAUUAUUUGUACCGAAAUACACUACAAUUGAUUCAACCGAAUAUAAACAAUCUAUUAAUAUAACAACAAUAUCAAUAGAAAUGAAAGAAGGUCAAGUUAAUGGAAAUCAAUCGACUAUUUCAAAAAAGAAUCCAGAUUCAAAUAUGAGAUCUAAAAUCAAUCCUGAUCGUGAAAGCGAUUCACCGAGUAUCGCUUCAGACAUACCGAUUCCAAAGACGAGACGUUUAUCUUUACGCUCUAAGCGCAGUUUUGACUGUUCAUUUGAAUUAUGGGAUGAAAAUUAUUUCUCUAUGGAACGGAAGGUAUCUCAACUUGAAGGUGUUCAUUAUGCUGCUUUCAAUGUAAAUAAAGAAAAAAGAGAAAGUUCACCUGAACUAGUCAAUUUAAUCGAAGAUCAACAAGUAACUUGUUUAGAUGCAGAUAAUCCAGAUAAUUGGGUUGUACGUGUUCAUCCAUUUUUACAAAACGUUAGUAGUUUCAGUAAACAAACUAAAAAGGAUAAUACACUUACUGAUUCACAAACUAUAGAUGAAAAUGAUACUAAUGAUUUAGUUGAAGUUAUUGUAUCAAAUUCACAAGAAUCUCAAAGAACUUGUGAAGAAAUUAAAAAGAUUGGUCGUGCUAAAGCUGUUUGUUUAACACGAAAUUUAAAAAGUGCACAACGUGGCAAAAGAAAUCCAAGAGAAUCUUUCAGAGAAGAUGUUAUUAGUUUCUCAAAUAAACAACAAGAAUCUCGAAUGAAACUAAGGUAUACAUUAACUGAGCUUUGUGAUACUGAACUUGAAUAUUCCAGAGCACUGAGACAAUUUGACAAUAUUAAAGGUCUUCAAGAUACUCUGAAAAGAAUUAUUCAAUUUUGUGGUAUGUUCUUGGAAAAAUUGCCUUUAUACUCAUCUGAUCCAGGAAAAUCUGCUGAAUGUUUUACAAAAACUCCUGAACGUUGGUAUGAUUAUACAUUAUUCUUUAUACAUUCGGAUUAUUUAAUAAAUCAUAUUACACAAAUCAUUUCAAAUGAUAUUGAAAUAUCAUUUAGUCUUUCUAUUACAGAUUCUAUACAAAAAUCAACAAUUUUAUUAAAUGAUCAAAUGGAUACAGCCAUAACAACUAAUCAAUGUAAUAAUAAUAUUUCUUUAAGAAAUUUUUUAGAUUUUUUAAAUAUACCAAGAAAACGAUUAAAUGUAUAUAAUGGAUUAUUAAAAGAUAUAACAAGAUAUAUUGCCUAUGAUAAAACAUUAAUUAAUAAUCUUGAAUUAGCCAUGAUUUAUAUAAGUAGAGUACAAAGAUGUUCAGAGGAAUUUAUAUAUUUUUGGUCAAAAGUUAAUAUAAAUUUUAAUCAAAUAUUUAAUAUAGAAAAAUUAGAUGACAAUAGAUUAUUAUUAUUAUUAUUUGGUGAAUGUAUACCACCGCCAAUUAUACGAAUAACGGAUAUUAAAAUUGGUCAACAUAAAAGUAUUCAACUAGAUCAAAACGAAAUGAAAAUGGAAAGAUUAAUUCUUCUACCUGAUCAUUUAUUAUCACUUAAAAAAGUCAAUGAAAAUAAUUCAGUUUAUUGUUGGAAAGUGAAUAGAAUAAUCAAUCUUGAUGAACUUCGUAUUGGUGAAUAUGGCAACGAUGGAAAUGAUGAAACAUCAUUUGAAUUAUGGAAUAUAUCAGGCGAAGCUCCAAUUAAAUUAGUUUUUCGUAUCACUUGUCCCAAUAUUAUUAGUCGUAAUGCAUGGGUUGAAGAUAUAAGAUAUGCAAUCAAAGAAAAACUUAAUAACUCUAUAGAAGAUACAAAUAUACCAAAAUCAAUUGUCGGUUCACAUAUUGAAGCAUAUUGGAAUUCAAAGAAACGUUUCAGUGGAAUAAUGGAACUUCCAUCGUGUCCUAGUGAAUCUAUCAGUGAAAUGUAUUUUGAUGCAAUGGAAAAUAUUCAACAAAUUAAUUCUCAAAAUGUUCAUGCAUCACAGUUAUCACAAAUAGAUAAAUGUGAAGUGAUUAAAACUUCAUUUAAUCAAAAAUCUACUUCGUCCUCAUCGUAUUAUACUGCUGAGGAACCAAUAGAUGAGAUUGGAAAAGAUCAAGCACCAUCUACAAAUCUGUUCGAAUCUUAUUCAACAUUGGAUGGUGUACAGACGCCAUUUUCAGAGGAUCAACAAUCUCUUGCAGACUUCCAAAUGUCUCCUGAAAAUCGGGGAAAUCAAACUCAACCAUUAACAACUACAUCUACUAAUAUGGCAGGAACUGAUACUUUAGCUAAACAGUUUAACGGUUAA